GUGGUAAGAAAAAGAAUGCAGUACUGGAGGUGGGUGAGACCCGCCACGCUGAAAUCCGCCAGCUAUGCGGAAAAACCUGCCACUGGGUAUCGCCUGCGAGCGCCUCCCUGGUUCUCAGCUCCUGGCCGACCCACCCCGGCCCACAGCCCGGCCCAUGCUAGAGGCCCAGGCUCUGCACACCCGAGAUUGCACAUCUUCGCUCCUCCUUUGUGCUUCAUGUGUCAUUGCUCGGGCAGCGUCUGGCGUCAGAACCUGGUGGUAUUUGGGUGCUGGGUCUGGAUCCUGGUGGCUGCCACCCAUGUGGCAAACCCGCUGCUGCAAGGAUGGGUGAUAUAUGUCUCGCUGACAUCGUUCCUCAUCUCCCUCAUGUUCCUGUUGUCUUACUUGUUUGGAUUUUACAAGAGAUACGAGUCCUGGAGAGUCCUGGACAGCCUGUACCACGGCACCACCGGCAUCCUGUACAUGAGCGCGGCUGUCCUGCAGGCCCACGCCACCAUCGUCUCUGAGAGCCAGGACCUGAGCAACUACAUGACAAACGCUGCAGCCACGUUUUUCGCCUUCAUCACCACCCUGCUGUACAUCCUCCACGCCUUCAGCAUCUACUACCACUGAGGGACCUGGAACCCUGCCCUGCACGAAGUGCUCUUUAAACCCUGGGUCGUCGGCUCCCCAGGGUCUUCUUGGCAUUUGCCAUCUGCCUGAUAAACCGAUCAAGCGUUCCUGGAACAGCCCAUCUUCUCAGACAGCGCUGAACUCACUCUCCACCCGUCCUCUUGGACAUUUUAAUUCAUUCUGAUGAAUAUGAAAAGGCUGUUAAUUGUCUUUUGCCUGGGGGAGUAACGGGCCCUUGGGAUUAUCUGACAGCGAACCUAGCUCUUCCAGAAAACUAGUCUCCAAAGCCCUCGCCGUUGAGAAUCCUGAACCUCCAGCAUCACUGCUGGCUGGGGACACUGUCUCAGCAAUCAGGGGACCCAGAGCAGCUGUGUGGGAACAUUCAGUCUUAGUUUCUUAAAACCUAAACGAUGCUAUCUAUGCCCCCACGUCUCUACUUAGACACAGACCCUCUCCCAUUUGUGGUUCUGCUCUGAUUUGCAGCAAAGACCGGCCUGCUCACUGCCACCCCCAUUACAUGUCCGCUUCCCUUUCCUCUCCAGCUUUCGGAUCCAAUUUAGAGGGUAGAUUUGCAGGAAAAUAAGUGAUUGACCCCAUAAAAUUGUUAUACAGUAAGACCUGGGUAGGGGAGUGGGCCUGUCAAGAAACUGCAUGGCUGUGGGACACCUGUGUCAGGUGUCCAGGACCCACCCUGCAGGGAUGAGAAGCCACCUUGUCCCUCACAAAAGACCUUCAAGGAAGGAGGCAGGAUGUUACCUGUAAGGAUUCUCCUCUGGGCUCCUGUCAUACUGUGCGGCACAUUUCAGGAGGCUGGGAAAGGACCCCGGUGCCAGGACAUGCUCUUCCAUGGGCACCCGCUCCCCUCGUGAUCCCUGUGUGGUGCCCGUGGAGCGGAGCCUGUGCCAUUCGCUGCCGCCUGCAGUGAGGGGCUCACACAGGCUGGGGACACAACGGCAUUUGACUUCUGGACCAUUCUCAACGAAAAGGCUGGCGUGCACACAGAAACAUAAAACAAGGUGCUUGAUUUCAGAGUAAAGGUUUUUCCUGAGAAACCUGUGCAUCUGGGGUCUCUCCACUCUGUCCCCAGCUCCCAAAGGCUCUCCUGGCCUCCUGGGUCCGGCAUAGCCUGUCCCUGCACGCACCUGCUGUCACUUUGAAAUGAAAUAAGUUAUGACGUGGAGGGACUUGUCUUAGCUAAUUCAGGGGCUCACAGUUGCUAUCUUCUGUCUGCUCGGGGAGGGUGGGAGUGUUGGGGGGAGGGGGACAGAGAGUCACGGAAAAGAAAAUUGGCUUCACUCUGCUUGACUGCUCACUUCCUAAUUGCCCCGAGAUCUUGAAAAACCACCGUUUAGCUCUCUUUCUUGCCUGGCAGCUGUCUGGGAUGAGCACUGUCCAGUAUUUACUGAGUAGCCACAUCCAAAUAAAAGGUGUUUUACAGUAAAACUA